CGCUGCCACCGCCGCCGCCUCGGCGUGGCGUGGGGCUGCGGGCCGGCCUCGGGGUGGCGGCCUGCGGGCCAGGCUCCCUCAGCCACCACGGGGCGCGCUGUGGUGCGCGCAGGCUUCCCCCAGCAGGUGGCAGCGGGGUCCCAGGCGCCGCUGAGGUAGCGACACACGCCAGCCGCGGAGCGCUUCCCUUGGCGGCGGCGGUGGCUCCCCGGAGGCGGCCCGGCCGGCUCCCCGCACACAGCGAGGGCUUCCCCUGCGCCGGGCGAGCAGCCCCCCGCAAAGUUUGGGGUUGGAUCCGGGGGGAAGGAGGGAGCCCGGAGCCAACUUGCCCCAGAUCGCCGCCGAUCCGCAGUUGGAACUGAAAUCUCCCAGCCCCGGUUUAUUUUUGCUGAUUAAAGGGACGGACCUUGGUCCUGCGGCUGGGUGGCUGUUCAGCCUCCAACUCGCUCUGUGCCAUCCCCUUUCUCCUUCCUUUCUUCCUCCUCCUGCCUUCUGCCCACACCAUGGAGUUUACUGAGAGGAAGAGGAGCAGGAAAUCCCAAAGCUUUAAACUGAUCAACCAAGAUUAUCAUCAUGAGGUAUAUAAGAUCUCUGACUACAGCAAUGAUGUUAAUGGGGAGACCAAAGAAACACAAUCAGUUUUUUUAGGAGAUGAAAGCCGGGAAAUUAAAAAACAAAUUACAGGGAUGAGAAGAUUACUGAAUGACAGCACUGGAAGAAUUUAUCAGCGAGUUGGCAAAGAAGGAGAAAAACUGAAGGAAGAACCCCAGGAUUUAGAUAUAGCAUGGGCCCAGCGCCUGACUGCCCUUGCAGACUCCCAGGCGAGCCUCCAUCCUUCUCAGAAUGGUGCAUGGAAUGAAGUAUCACCUCAAGCUAGCCAUUUUUCAGGGCAGUAUGGGACUCGGUCUAAAAGCUUCCAAAAUGAAACAAGAACUGUAGGAUCCAAUGGAGAACUUCCAGGGGUCAGUUCAUCAGUUGGACCAAACUGUUGUACUUGUAAUUGCCAGUCAACUUUGCAGGCCAUUCUCCAAGAGCUGAAGACCAUGAGAAAGUUAAUGCAGAUUCAAGCAGUUGGCACCCAAAACAGACAGCAGCCUCCGAUUCCCCUGAUCUGUGCACAGAAGUCAACAAUAUCAAGAAAGAGAAAUAAAAAGAAAAAAUUGCCCCAAAAGACUCUUGAGCCCAUUACUGUGAAUAAGAAGCCCAGCACUGUAGAGAAGGAAAAGAAACUGUCAGCAAACUCUGAAAGAUCCAGCCUGCAAGCAGCUGAACAUACUCCAAAGCCAGAGACCCAUGUUUCAGGAUUUGGUAUCAUUCUUGAAUCAUCUUCCUCAGAUCCAGAAGUGCAACUUGCUGAAGGCUUUGAUGUCUUUAUGCCCAAAUCUCAGCUGGACUCUAUAUUGUCAAAUUAUACUCGCUCAGGAAGCCUGCUGUUUAGAAAGCUGGUGUGUGCAUUUUUUGAUGACAAGACCUUGGCUAACUCUUUACCCAAUGGCAAGAGGAAAAGAGGACUCAAUGACAACCGAAAAGGACUAGACCAAAAUAUUGUGGGUGCAAUAAAAGUCUUCACAGAAAAAUAUUGCACUGCUAACCACGUGGAUAAACUUCCUGGCCCCAGAGACUGGGUACAGAUUCUACAGGAUCAAAUUAAACUGGCAAGAAGACGCUUAAAAAGAGGCUCAGCAGAGACGACUGACUGCGAUGAGAAACUGGACAUUUCUCUACUGCAAACAGGUAGCAUUCUUGAGAUCACAACAGAUAAGCUGGUCGACUCAAAACCAGAUUUUUCUGCUUAAAUUUUACUUUCUGCGUCAGUGUUUCAUUAGCAGAUAUAAACAUCCUUCAGUUUGAAUGACAUUCCUGCAAGAUCUGUGUAAGCAUUUCAGCAUACUUCAAGGUGGGGGAUGUUCCGUGCAGUUUUCCCUUCAAGUUUGAGUUGUUUCACCUAUUUUUAAUGAAACAUGGGAUAAUAAAGCCACGAAAUUGUUUCAAGAUUUUCCAUCAUAAUUAGAGAUGAUUUUUUUUUCAAUAUCCAGUACAUUGUCUAAUUAGUGUGGUAUCCACUGCAACUGAAUAAAUUCCCUUGCCUUUGUUUUUCUUCCUGAUUGUAUUUUCCCACGUGACUGUAUGCAUGCUAACUGUAUUUCAUCUUCAAUUACACAGAAGUAAAAUAAACAGUUCAGGGAGUGGUGAUGGAAUCUCCCCCUUUCAUGGGCCCAGGAAGCUAAUAAGAAUGUUUGGUUAGGGGGAUUGGUUAGUCCUCUUUUGUUCGGAAGACUCACUUUUCCUUUUUGCUCACUAUUUGACUAUGUUUGAAGAGAGAUGGUACAAACUGCCUGUCCUACACUGUCUAAAUAACAUGGCACACACUGUAUUUGGCCAUAGAGCAGGGUACAUGCUGAUAAUGUCUGUUUCCUAGUGGAUGGUAUACAGAAUGUAUUUGUGAAAUGAGUUGGAGUUCCCAGCCAGUUUCUGGUGCAGUGGUUCUCCAGCAUUUUCACUUCAUAAAAUCAUCCUGCCCCACCUCCUCCGCAGCCUCUCAGAAUCCCCCACUGCCUGGUUCUCAAAACAUUUUAUUUUGUAGACCAUCAGGGAAAGGGUUCAUGGACCUCUGCUGGUCCACACACCAUGGUUUGAAAACCACUGCCCUUGUGGACAUAUAUGGACCUAUGGACAUAGGUCCACCUAUACAAACCACCGUCAUUACUAGCACUCUAUUGAGAGUCUCAGCAGUUAGGAUGAGUGAAUUGACCAAGAGAUUGAAUUACCCUCUCACCCUGUAAGUGGUCCCUUCAGGUCAGGACUGAGGCUUACUGAUGUGGCAGGGUGGGGAAAGUUGCACUGCUGCUUCUUAUGCCACAUCUCCUGCUGCCCUCUGCACCUUUAACUCUGCACCUUCACCAGCACUAAAUUCACUUUAAAAAAAAUAGAGAGAAAAAAUAUAGAAAGUAUCUUAUCCCACAGAUAUAUUGAUCACCAGCCAGUUAACUAAUAGUGUGUGUUUCCUGGAACGCUACAGAGUGCAGUAGCCUUUGCCAUCGUGUUUUGUUUUCCUUUGUAUAUUUUCAGCCCAUCACGAUGCUUUCUCCUUGAAACUAUUUGGUCUUUUUUAUCGAGUGUUUUAACAGAAGUGCUAUUACAGAGAGUGGGCCUGUUUUCAAAAUAUUUAAAGUUUUUUGCUGCUUUUUACAAAUAUUUGUCAUGAUCAUUAACUAGCAUAAAGACCGGCGGCCUGAUUGUCACAACUGCUGAAAUGCCCGCAAAUAACACUGAAGCCAACAGGAGCUCCUGAUUCUCAGCACCAUUGAAAAUCAGGCUUUUGAGCUUUCCCCUCCUCUUUAAAAAAACAUGUACUAUUAAAGGUGGUGAUGUUCUCUUUAAAACUGUGGACUAUAUCGAAUGUGCACUGCAGACCUUAAAGAGCAUUUCCUUCAAAGGCUGAUGUGACUGCUUCCCCCAGGGUCUGGAUUUCUGAGCAGGGCUGUGGCAAUCUACAGCCUGUGCAGCAAAUCUGCCAGGCUCAUGUCACAACCCUUAACUGAUGGAAUCAACAUUUUGUAAAUUUUAAAAAAUUGCAUUUUGUGUUUACUUACUGUGACUUCUGUUCAGACUUUCUUCAGCCAUCUUUUUAUAGGGUUUAUUAGAAAAAUCAUUCCAUGUUUAGGUAAAGCAUCUCAAUCUUAUGUAUAUAUGUUUUAUUAAUAUGUAAAUAUUUAGAUAUUUUUAAAUUACUAUGUUCUUAAUAAAACAACAAGGGGCUAGUUGUGAAAUGGUGUAUAACGUUGUGUUGUGUUACCAAUCUCUGGGAAAACCCUCUUUGUUAGUUCAGAAAAGAAAA